AUUGACAGCAGACCCUCCUCGGCGCUCUCGCUGGGCGGAGGAGGCGCCGCGGUGCAGAGCCGCGCGGGCCGGCCGCUGCCGGGAGCCCCUGGCCCUGCUGCCCCCUCCCGCCUGCGCCCGCCCGCCCGGCGCGCCUGCCGCGGACCAUUAAACUUGAAGCUGCCGCCUUGUCCCCUCUUCCCCUCCUCCUUCUCCUCCAGCAGGCGACUGAGCGGCUCGGUGCAGGCAAGGGACGUGCUGUCGCCAGAGCUGGGCUGCCCUGGGGACAUGACUUCUCAGAAGGCCGUCCCUGCAAAGAAGAUCACAAGCAGAGCAAAGUUUCAGGGCAGCUGAGGAGCCUUCACCGCAACCCUUCACCCCCAAUCACCCCCGCUGGCUAUGGAGGGCGGACUCUAAAAUGAAUCCCGAUCUGGACCCCGGCCACAACACAUCAGCACCUGCCCACUGGGAAGAGUUGAAAAAUGCCAACUUCACUGGCCCCAACCAGACCUCAAGCAACUCCUCUCUGCCCCAGCUGGACGUCACCAGGGCCAUCUCCGUGGGCCUGGUGCUGGGCGCCUUCAUCCUGUUUGCCAUUGUGGGCAACAUCCUAGUCAUUCUGUCUGUGGCUUGCAACCGGCACCUGCGCACACCCACCAACUACUUCAUUGUCAACCUGGCCAUCGCAGACCUGCUGCUCAGCUUCACCGUCCUGCCCUUUUCCGCUGCUCUGGAGGUGCUCGGCUACUGGGUCCUGGGGCGCAUCUUCUGUGACAUCUGGGCAGCUGUGGACGUCCUAUGCUGCACAGCGUCCAUUCUGAGCCUGUGUGCCAUCUCCAUCGAUCGCUACAUUGGGGUGCGCUACUCUCUCCAGUACCCCACGCUGGUUACCCGGAGAAAGGCCAUCUUGGCGCUCCUCAGUGUCUGGGUGUUGUCCACUGUCAUCUCCAUUGGGCCUCUGCUUGGCUGGAAGGAGCCAGCGCCCAAUGAUGACAAGGAAUGCGGGGUCACCGAAGAGCCCUUCUAUGCCUUCUUCUCCUCCCUGGGCUCCUUCUACAUCCCGCUGGCCGUCAUUCUGGUCAUGUACUGUCGCGUCUACAUCGUGGCCAAGAGGACCACCAAGAACCUGGAAGCAGGGGUCAUGAAAGAGAUGUCCAAUUCCAAGGAGCUGACCCUGAGGAUCCACUCCAAGAACUUUCACGAGGACGCCCUCAGCAGUACCAAGGCCAAGGGCCACAACCCCAGGAGUUCCAUAGCUGUCAAACUUUUUAAGUUCUCCAGAGAAAAGAAAGCAGCCAAGACCUUGGGCAUCGUGGUUGGUAUGUUCAUCUUGUGCUGGCUUCCCUUCUUCAUCACCCUCCCACUAGGCUCCCUGUUCUCCACCCUGAAGCCCCCCGACGCCGUGUUCAAGGUGGUCUUCUGGCUGGGCUACUUCAACAGUUGCCUCAACCCCAUCAUCUACCCGUGCUCCAGCAAGGAGUUCAAGCGCGCCUUCGUGCGCAUCCUCGGGUGCCAGUGCCGCGGUCGUCGCCGCCGCCGCCGCCGGCGCCGCCUGGGCGGUUGCGCCUACACCUACCGGCCGUGGACGCGCGGCGGCUCUCUGGAGCGCUCCCAGUCGCGCAAGGACUCGCUGGACGACAGCGGCAGCUGCCUGAGCGGCAGCCAGCGGACCCUUCCGUCGGCCUCACCCAGCCCGGGCUAUCUGGGCCGCGGCGCGCCGCAGGCCGUCGAGCUGUACGCUUUCCCGGAGUGGAGGGCACCCGGCGCCCUGCUCAGCCUGCCCGCCUCCGAGCCCGCCGGCCGCCGCAGCCGCCACGACUCGACUCAGCUCUUCACCUUCAAGCUCCUGGCCGACCCCGAGAGCCCCGGCACGGACGGGGGCUCCAGCAACGGUGGCUGCGAGUCUGCGGCCGACGUGGCCAACGGGCAGCCUGGCUUCAAAAGCAACAUGCCCCUGGCACCCGGGCACUUCUAGGG